GCACGCGCGUGGCCUCGCGCAAGGCGGGGAGAGGCGGCGGCUGUGGGCGUCCGGCCCCGAACCUGUCAGACUUGAGGAGCUGGCCUCCAGCGGCGGGCGCGGCGGACGCGAGCACGACCCCGCUCUCCCGUGGCCCCGGGUGGAGCAGCGCAAGCCGGCCUCGCUGAGCCGGCCGGGGGCGGGGAGAUGAGCUGCGGCCCCGCGGCAGCGCCCCAGGAUGGGGAGGGACGCGCGGCACUGCCCUCGAGAACUGGCGCUCCGGUGAAGUAGGCGCCGCCGGCCGUCCGCCUCCCGCAAUCCGUUCCGCACCGCGGUCGCUCAGCCUCUGCCAUGGCCGGCUCUGGCGCGUGGAAGCGCCUCAAAUCUCUGCUAAGGAAGGAUGAUGCGCCGCUGUUUUUAAAUGACACCAGCGCCUUUGACUUCUCGGAUGAGGCGGGGGACGAGGGGCUUUCUCGGUUCAACAAACUUCGAGUUGUGGUGGCCGAUGACGGUUCCGAAGCCCCGGAAAGGCCUGUUAACGGGGCGCACCCGACCCUCCAGGCCGACGAUGAUUCCUUACUGGACCAAGACUUACCUUUGACCAACAGUCAGCUGAGUUUGAAGGUGGACUCCUGUGACAACUGCAGCAAACAGAGAGAGAUACUGAAGCAGAGAAAGGUGAAAACCAGGUUGACCAUUGCUGCCGUUCUUUACUUGCUUUUCAUGAUUGGAGAACUUGUAGGCGGAUACAUUGCAAAUAGCCUAGCAAUCAUGACAGAUGCACUUCAUAUGUUAACGGACCUAAGCGCCAUCAUACUCACCCUGCUUGCUUUGUGGCUAUCAUCAAAAUCACCAACCAAAAGAUUCACCUUUGGAUUUCAUCGCUUAGGCUGGAAUACAAUGACACCAUCAUAGCUCACUGCACUCUCGAACUCCUGAGCUCUAGAAAUCUAACCCUCGCAGCCUCCAGAGUAGCUAGGACUGCAUGCACAUACCACCAUACCCAGCUAAUUUUUUAAUUUUUUGUACAGACAUGGUCUUGCUUUGUUGCCCAGGCUGGUCCUGAACUCCUAGCUUCAAGCUAUCCUUCCACCUCAGUCUCCCAAAGUGCUGGGAUUACAACCAUAAGCCACUGCACCAGGCCUGAUGAAUGGAACCUUUUAAAGUAACUAAUAGUCCAGGCACUGUGGCUCAUACCUCUAAUCCCAGCACUUUGGGAGGUCAAGACAGGAGGAUCACUGGAUCCCAGGAGUUGGAGACCAGCCUGGGCAACUUAGGGAGACCCCGUCUCUAUAAAAAGAAAAAUUAGCAGAUGUGGUGGCACAUGCCUGUGGUCCCAGCUACUUGGGAGGCUAAGAUAGGAAGAUUGCUUGGGUCCAGGAGGUUGAGGCUGCAGUGAGCCAUGUUUGGGCCACUGCACUCUAGCCUGGGUGACGGAGCAAGACCCUGUCUCAAAAAAAUAAAAAAAUAUAGGCUGGGCGCCGUGGCUCACGCCUGUAAUCCCAGCACUUUGGGAGGCCGAGGCGAGUGGAUCAUCUGAGGUUGGAGUUCAAGACCAGUCUGACCAACAUGGAGAAACCCCGUCUCAACUAAAAAUACAUGUGGCACAUACUUGUAAUCCCAGCUACUCAGGAGGCUGAGGCAGGAGAAUCGCUUGAACCUGGGAGAUGGAGGUUGCGGUGAGCUGAGAUCGUGCCAUUGCACUCCAGACUGGGCAACAAGAGCAAGACUCCAUCUCAAAAAAAAAAAAAAAAAGUAAAAAGUCACUAAUAUAUAAUAUGUAAUGAACAAUUGUUUUUACAAUGAAA